CUCCGCCUUUUCCCAUCUUUACACUUGACAAUGUUCCAUAAACGAACACUGUUUCCGGAAUUUACGUAUUGACAUUUUUUUACGAAAGCGGCAGCCUUGAGUGGACUAGACGUGUGUAAAUGUUCUUUCCUUAUCGAUAGGAGGAAAUCAGCUCGAUUUUGUUUCCGUUAGAAAAAAUUCACUUUUUCUGGCAAAAAAUCGGGGCAACUUGUGAGCUAAUUGGAGUAAAACAAUGACGAUGACACACGUUGUGUCGUAAUUAUUAAAAGUGCACACUCGACGGCCGAAAACACUCGAAAUUUUUAUCCUAAUUCAACUACGUUGUAUUUGUGUGUGUGUUCAAAUUUAGUAUUUCAUAUCUCUGAACUUUAACUUGGUUUUGCAAUAAAUUUCGUAUUUUAUCGACAGUGUUGAUUUAUUUAAUGCUUCUCUCGAGGUGCCAAUGGACGUACCUGUUUCUAAAAAAUAAACAACAAAAUCGUUGGUCGCAAAAUUAUGAGGGAAAAACAAUCGGAGGACGUGAAUAAAUAUAAAUGCCGGAAAUCUGUAGUUAGCACAGUUGAUUUUGUUAUUCUUCUUUUUGGUGAAUCACACACAUUUUUAUGAAUUGGUUCAAUUAUGAACAAUAUAUAAACAUUAUUAAAAUGUUAUUUAUCGUUUCGAAAAUAUCUAGAAACGUCACAAUAUUUCGUCACACGCCGCUCUCGAUUAUAUUAUUGUAAUUUUUUUGAUUUUACCAUUCCCGACAUAUAUUUCUGGUUCGAUCGGGUUAAAUAAUAGCUGAACUUCCAAGUCUGAGUACUGAGCCGGUGUCAAAAAUGAAAUUGGCGUAAAUUCCCGGUAACGCCUAUUGACGAUAAUCUGUAAUAAUCUCGAGUGGGUUCUUCACGAGUGAUGAGACCCUGUAUCGAUGGUGUCAUUUACGAGGUACUCGCUGACUUGAUCGCAUGAUCUUGGCAUUUUGCCAAAAAAUAAGAAAAAGAUAUGUCUUCGCAAAAGGAACAGCAGCAGCAGCAGCAGCAGCAGCAGCAGCAGCGGCAGCACGAUGACGGCAUGCAAGAAGAGAGUCGAGUGGGGACGGAGCUUAUGCCACUGACAACAUUUAACGGGGAGCCCAACGACGGAAGCCCAGAACACGCGAUGGUCAGUCAAAGUGCAACCGUCUCGACGCCGGUCGACCGAAAGUUCCUCUAUUUGGCGGCAUGUGCAGCGAAUCUUGCCGCCUUCACCUGCGGCCAGGCCUUCGGAUGGACGUCCCCCGAAAUACCGAAGCUGAAGAGCUUGGACGACAACCCGCUGGGGACGGUGAUAAGUGCGAGUCAAGAGGGAUGGAUCGGAUCGUUUCUGCCGUUGGGCGCGGCCCUCGGACCUUUUGCCGCCGGAAUGGUGGCUGACAAGUUGGGAAGGAAGAAGACCCUGCUGAUCGGGACGACGCCGUUCCUGCUGACUUUCCUGCUGGCUGCGAUGGGCACCAGCGUAAACAUGUUUUAUUUGUCCAGGUUCUUGGCCGGUUUGGCCGUCGGCUGCAUCUUCACCGUUCUGCCCAUGUACAUCGGAGAGAUUUCCGACAACGAGGUCCGCGGACAGCUGGGUUCCUUCAUGCAACUCUUCAUCGUGGUCGGACUGCUGUUUUCGUACAUCCUCGGACCCUACUUGAAAUUUAAGACGUUCAACAUGAUUUGUCUGGGCGUUCCGACCGCUUUCUUGGCUUUCUUCUUCAUGAAAAUUCCAGACUCCCCGUACUUCCUGGUGUUGUCCGGCGACGAAGAUGCGGCCGUGAAAUCGCUGGUUCAGCUCCGCUGCAAGUCCGAAACGGACGUUCAGAAGGAGAUCAUCGAAAUAAAAGCGGCCGUCGAGGACGCCCAAAAGAAUCAGAAAUCCUUUUUCGACAUAUUCAAAUCGAAGGCGCUGACGAUGGCUCUGAUCAUUUCGGUGGGAUUGGUCGCUUUGCAGCAGUUCUCCGGCAUCAACAUAGUUUUGUUCUUCGCUCAAUCUAUCUUCACUGAUGCCGGAGUGUCUUUGGCUCCCGAACUGUGCACCAUUCUGAUCGGCGUGGUCCAAGUGGUGGCCAGCGCACUGACGCCCAUCCUGGUCGAGAAAAAGGGCAAACGUUUCCUCCUGUUGGUCUCCGCCGUCGGCAUGACUGUGUCUCAGGGGUCGCUCGCCUACUUCUUCUACCUGAAGAACGGGGGCCAAGACGUGUCGGGCAUCUCGUGGUUGCCGGUCGCCAGUCUUAUCGCCUACAUCAUCACCUAUUGUCUGGGCUUCGGGCCUCUGCCCUGGGCCGUGAUGGGUGAACUGUUCCCGGGAGAGAUAAAGGCGGCCGCCUCCACCGUAACCGCCGCCGGUUGCUGGGUGUUGGGCUUCCUCAUCACCAAGUAUUUCGGCACGUUGGUGGACAUGUUCGGACAGCACGGUUCGUUCGGAUUGUUCGCCAGCUGUUGUCUUUUAGCUGCCGCAUUCGUUUACAAAUUCGUACCUGAAACAUCUGGAAAGAGCGUCCAGGAGAUCCUGGACAUUCUGGGAGGAAACGCCAAAGCGUGAACUCGCACACGCCCACACAAUCGUUAUUUUGAACAAACACCAUACCAUGUGAUAUCUAAUAUUCCUAUCUAACAUGUAAUUUUAUUUAUUUGUUAUUGUUAAGUUUGAAAAAAAUUAUCUACCACUUUGGUCAUGACUGUGGUACGUUUCAGUACUGAAAUAUUAAUAUAAUGUAAUUUAAAUAUUCAGGCAAUAAAAUAUAU